AGUAGGGGUGGGGGAAGAAGUAAAGAAGAAACCACAAAAGAGGAAAAACCAGCAAAAAAUGUCUGGCUACAUGAAGAACCAGAUUCACCAAACUCCCCCAAGGGAUCACGAUGGAGCUACUACAGAAGACUCCAGCUACAAAGAAAUUGCGGAAAUGACAGACGUGGAAUUCAGAGUAUGGCUAGCAAAUAAGUUGAACAGAGUUGAAGAGUUACUGGUAAAAGAAUUCAAAAAAGAAUUGCAAAAAGCUGGAGACCAGAUCUUAAAGGAUCUGGCUGAACUUAGAAAAGAUAUAAGGGAGCUCACAGGAACAAAGGAGUCAUUCAGGGAUUCUCAGAACAGAGUAGGAAGUUUCAACAAUGGAUUAAACCAUGGAAAAGGAAGAUUCUCACAGCUUGAAGACAAAGCUCUGGAGCUAACCCAAUCAUUUGAAGAUCCAGCAGACUUUUUAUCAGCAGCACUGGAUACUAGUAAGCAAUGGAGUCAUGUUUUCAGUAUUCUGAGAGAAAAUGAUUAUGACCCUAAAUUACUAUGCCAAGUUAAAUUGGCAUUUAAGUGCGAUGGUGGAAUAAAAGAAUUUUCAGAUCUCCAAAGCCUCAGCAAAUUUAUUAGUCAGAAAUCUUCUAUGAAAGAAUUACUGAAAGAUGCCCUCUCACAAAAUGAAAAAAUGAGUCAAGAAGGAAGAAGUUUCGGGAUUCAAGAAAAAGUGGGUGAAACUCAAAUAGGCUCAAAGCACGGAGCCGGAAGAGCAAGCAGUGAUGGCUCAAGCUUUUUAUGGAGUAAAGAGGUGAAAACCGCUAAGCCAGAAGAUGUGAAAAAUGUAGAGAAUCUGGAGGACUCUUCAGAGUGGAAGGAAAAAGAACCCGGCCUGUUGGAGGAUGAAGAGGUGUCAGAGGUGGAAGAAGAGGCCUCGGGAUUGGAGGAAGAGGAUGCAGAGGCCUCAGGUUUGGAAGAGGAGGAUGAAGAAGAGGCCUCGGGAUUGGAGGAAGAGGAUGCAGAGGCCUCAGGUUUGGAAGAGGAGGAUGAAGAAGAGGCCUCGGGAUUGGAGGAAGAGGAUGCAGAGGCCUCGGGAUUGGAGGAAGAGGAUGCAGAGGCCUCAGGUUUGGAAGAGGAGGAUGCAGAAGAGGCCUCGGGAUUGGAGGAAGAGGAUGCAGAGGCCUCAGGUUUGGAAGAGGAGGAUGAAGAAGAGGCCUCGGGAUUGGAGGAAGAGGAUGCAGAGGCCUCAGGUUUGGAAGAGGAGGAAAGGGGUGAGACUUCGCUGAUAUGUGAGGACCAGGGUCACGCUGUGGUAGAUGCAAAGCGUGGAGUUGAGGAAAUAACCGGUGAUGGUGUGGAUAUUAUUUUGGUUGGUGUGGAGGAGAAUUCUGAACCAGAGGAGGAUGAAGAGGAAGGAAAUGUCUCUGAGAUAGGAAAGGUAGGGGCUGCUAUCCAGGUUGAGAAAAAAGGGGGGUCAGGAGGACUUAAACAAAUUUCUUCUAGUUGUUUAGUUUCGAAAUCUAAGGAAAAGUGGAUGAAACACCAGGUGGCAGAUAAAACCCAUAAGAUGCAUUCAUGUGCAAAUUUGGAUACCACGGCAGGAGUCACAAAAAAUUUUCGGGAAACAGACAAUAAAAUUCAUAAAUUUCUGCAAACAAAAAAGAUAACAUCCAAAAAAAUAGGCAUCAUACAGGAAACAGAAGAAAACUUUAGAAGAAGUGUGAUUAAUAGCAUCAGAGAGAUGCAAGAGGAAAUUAAAAGUAUUAAAGAUUACCAUCCAGAAGUCUCAAAUAUUAAAAAUUCAAUAGACGAACUGAACAGUGGGAUGGAUGUACUUGAAGAAAGAUUGAACAGUCUAGAAGAUCAAAUCGAGGAGUUCUCCCAGGACACCAUACAAAUGACAAAACAGAUAAUAAGUAAAGAGAGAUUGAGAGAUAUAGAGGAUAGAUCCAGAAGCUCUAACAUUCGUUUGAUAGGAAUUCCAGAAAAGAAUAACAAUGAGAAUGCUGCAGAGGACAUAAUUAAGGAAAUAAUUGAUGAAAACUUUCCAGAGUUAAAGAAAGAGUCGACUCUUGAGAUUGUCAGUGCUUCCCGAAUACCCAGUAAGAUUGAUAAGAGGAAACUCACUCCUAGGCACAUCUUAGUAAAGUUUUACAAUUCUAGUGAUAAAGAGAGAAUCUUAAGGGCCUCCAGAGAGAGGAAAGAAAUAACCUAUCACGGAACAAGAAUCAGAUUGACGGCAGAUUUAUCACUGGACACCCUGGAUGCUAGAAGUAGAUGGAGUGCAGUCAUAAAAGUCCUGCAGGAUAAAGGCUUUAAACCUAGAAUUCUAUAUCCAGCCAAAUUGGCAUUUGAUUUUCAGGGUAAGACAAAAACAUUUCUUGAUAUCGAAGAAUUUAAGAAGUCUAUUUCUCAUAUACCCUCUUUGAAAGAAUUACUGGAGAAUAUAUUUUAGCAACAUGGGGUGACAGCAAACACGUACAUAUGUUUUCCUCCCACCAACAUACUUUGGGAUGGAGGGAAAGAAGGUUACAGAUACUACCGAAAUGUUGGUGAAAUUUUUAAAAAAUAGACUGCUCUGAAGGUAGUAAGGUUUUUUUUUUGGUAGUGAGUUAUUGCGAUGAUUGGUCAGUGGAUUAGAACACCUUGUUACCUCCCUCCUCACUACUGCACCUACUAGUCUUAGUGACAAUUAAUAGUAACCAUCUGAGCUUCUAUAGGAGAAAACUUCUAUACCACUGGGGAGAUGGCAAUCUGUCAAUGGAACUUGUCAAGGCAGGGGAUAGCCAGAGAAGAGCAGGGGACGGG